AUGGUUAACGAUAGACAACUCACGCAUGACCUGCAACACCCAAAGACAGCCACCAAGCAGAUUGAGCCAUCACACAGAGGUUCACGAUGGUCAAAAUGGGCCCUUCAUGAUACGGGACUGUACUACUAUCGAGCUCGAUAUAUAUCAUUAGAAGAUAUCUCAUCAAUACGGCCUACCGGUAAGGAUUGGUUUGUUCCCAAUGUCCGGGGCGGAUACAUUCACUACCAAUCCGCUGCCGUUGAGGAUCCUGCAAGCCAAAGUCUUCCCAGUCAAGCCCCAGAGCUUUCAACGUGCUCUACUGCAACGACACCAACGACAGACAAUCCAUCAGUACCUUUACAAGAAGCAUCUGACCCCACAACUGAUGAGGUUGCUAUUGCCGAGACAUUACCGGAUGCUAGCUUAUUGAUGAGCGGUGCAUUGCAGACAGAGGCAGAUACAUCAGAAGCACUUGUGGUUGUAACGAGUCCGACUCAACUUAAGCGAAGAUCAACAACCCCAAAGAAGCAUAAGGAUAAGAAGAAGCAUGGCAAGAAGUUAGAGGUCGAUAAGGGAAAGACGAAGCAGGUCAGUAAUAAGGUCAAGGUUAAUAAAUGGUUAGAUGGUCUGUAA